AUGCUGAUGAUAACAUGUGCACUGACAAAAGAGAUACCAAAAUUACAACCAUUUUCUUUUCCUCCAAUUGUUCAUAUAAAUAGCCGAACAAGUGCAAUUUGUUCUGUAGAAAAGGGAGAAAUACCUCUAUCGUUUCGUUGGUUAAAAGACGGGAAAAAUGUAGAUGCUUAUAAAAAUAUCGAAAUAGAAAGUCACAGUAAAUUUUCUGUUAUAGUCAUAGACCCAGUAGACACAACUAAUUCUGGUAAUUAUACAUGCAUAGCUAGUAACAGUGCUGGAAGUGAUAGCUUAUCUGUUUUGCUACAUGUCGAAGCACCUCCAGUUUGGCGUAAAGAGCCAUCUGAUUUAGAAACGUCUAUUGGAGAUGAGAUCAAUUUAAAUUGCGAAGCUUAUGGAUCACCAGAACCACACAUUAUCUGGAGAAAAAUUUCAGAUAAAACAACAGAGAAAUUAAAUGAUGAAAUUAAAAUAAAAAAUGGUUCAUUGCACAUAAAGAGUAUAACUGAGGAAGAUGCUGGAAUGUACCAAUGUGAAGCAUCAAAUAACGUAGGAAGUAGUUUAAAGAAAACAAUUGCUUUAAUUGUUCGUGGUACAACAUUAAAAAUUCAGCCAUUUUAUUUCCCUCCAAAUCUCUCAGCAGGACAAAGUGCAAAGAUAUUAUGUACUGUUAUACAAGGUUCAGAUCCUGUUAAUUUUGAAUGGUCUAAAGAUGGCCAAGAAAUUACUUCGAGUAAUAAUAUAGAAAUAACUACUUUAAAGGAUAUAUCAAUUUUAAUAAUUAAUAGUAUUGGAGUUAAAGAUUCUGGGAAUUACACUUGCACCGCCACUAACAAUUUCGGUUCGAUCAAUCACACGAGUUUAUUAGCUGUUGAUGCACCUCCGAGAUGGAUCUCUGAGCCUCAAGACGUUGAUGUGAGAGUUGGUAAGCCUGUUCAAAUUGAAUGCUCAGCAUCAGGAUUUCCAUUGCCGAAAAUAUCUUGGAAAAGAUUCACCGAGGACGGCCAAGUAAUGGAACCAUUGGCUUUACAAAGCGAAAAUGUUAGUUUAAAAUUAUCGUCGGCAGGACUUAAAGAUGAAGGUAGUUAUAUAUGCCGAGCUGAAAAUGGAAUUGGUGGUCUUCAAAAAAUUAUUAGAAUAAGUAUACUCGGUAAGACACGGAGAUUUAUUUUGACUUGA